UAAUACUACUGAAACUACUGAAAACGUAAAGGAAACUGAAACAACAGAAACAGUUAGUAAAUUUUUCCCUGAUGGAAAAUAUCCAAUUGGAGAAAUAUGUGAAUAUAAAAAUGAUAAUUUGAAGAGAAUAACUAAUGAAGAAAAACGACAUCUUGAUAGAAUACAUUUUGAUGCUUAUAAUGAUCUUCGAAAAGCUGCUGAAGUACAUCGACAAGUACGAAAAUAUGCACAAAAAACCAUUAAACCAGGAAUGACAAUGACCGAAAUAUGUGAAUUAAUUGAGGAUGGAACACGUGCUUUAAUUGAGGAGAAUGGAUUAGAAGCUGGAAUUGGAUUUCCAACUGGUUGUUCAUUAAAUCAUUGUGCAGCUCAUUAUACUCCAAAUUCUGGUGACAAAAUAGUUUUACAAUAUGAUGAUGUUUGUAAAAUUGAUUUCGGAACACAUAUCAAUGCAUUUACGCUUACAUUUAAUCCGGUUUAUGAUAAACUCAAAGAAGCUGUCAGAGAUGCUACAAAUACUGGAGUUCGUGAAGCAGGAAUAGAUGUUAGAUUAUGUGAUAUAGGAACUGCAAUUCAAGAAG